AUGUCAGCCACAAGCCUUGCUUCUUGUCCAAGCUCGCGCCUCUGUAGAGCUAAUGUUCCUCAACGAUUCUGCCCCCCCAUGCUGCCUUGGGCCUGGGCUGGCUUCAGUGCGCCAUCUCUUCCGGCACCACCGUCUGCACCUGUGCCGGCUGCUCUAAAAUCACUGCGGGGGACGCGGAGGUUUAGAAUUUCCCAACACGUGAGGUUCGGGUCUGGGAGACACUCACUCACAGCCCCUGAUUGGCGCCGCACCUUUCGGCAGAAGGCCAUCGAAUUUCGAGGAGCACUGCAUUCACGAGCCUUGACCACAGGUCAGCGCGAGGACUCUGAGCGCUGGCGCGCGCUAAGCUUGCCGCAGAAGCUACUGCAACCAGUGCAGCUGUUUGUUGCCAUUUGGCUGCUGUUGCUGCUCCCUGCUGGUCUGGCAUCCUCCCCAAGAAAGCUUUGCGGAGGCUUCGCGCUGGGAUCUUUACCCUUUGAGUACUUGAUCUUUUUCAGUGUCGGCACCCUACCCAGAGCUUGGAAAUAUGGGCGCUAUGCCAAGCCACCCGACUCCUCCGCUAAGCCGGGCACAAGGCGGAGCGACUUCGUCCUCUUCCUCCUCUGUGUGCUCAUUGCUCACGCCACUGCCGCUUUUCGCUUCGUUUCCGCACAUCAGACACAACCCUGGGAUGGGAUAUUGCGAGCCGUCCGGCUUUCUGCCAUCGUUCUAACGGCCCUGGCAGCUUGGCAUUUGGGACGCAACUACGACCGCGUAGCCGCCUCGUCUGAGCUUGUCACAACUGGGCCGUACAAGCUGGUGAGGCAUCCUAUCUAUCUGUCCUAUCUCCUGCUUUUUGCUGGUAGCUUGCUGUAUCUUCAGUCCUUUCUCGGCUCGGUGAUUCUGCUCGCAGCCGCCGCAGUUUUCUACUCCCGUCGGAUCCCAGCAGAGGAGGAGAUUCUUCGUCAGACCUUUGGUGAUCGCUGGGAUGCCUUUUGCACCUCUACACCGGCACGGCUCUUUCCGUUGCUCUACUAG